AUGGCUGCUGGCGGCGACAGCGGCAGCGGGCCCCGCCCCUCCGACAAGGCGGCGCGCCCGCCGAUGACUGCGAUCGACUCCACCAUCCAGUCCAUCAAGGAGGUCGUCGGCGAGCACUCCGACGCCGACAUCCUCGACGCCCUCCGCGACUCCAACAUGGACCCCAACGAGACGGCGCAGAAGCUUCUCAACCAAGAUCCAUUUCAUGAGGUGAAACGGAAAAAGGACAAGAAAAGAGAGAGUGCUGGCCAGAAGAGUUUUGCUCAGACCUCAGCACAAGGUGAGCACGGUUCUCAAGGGACAAGGCCACACACUCAAAGGGUUGAGAUUGAUCAAAGAAGAGCUCACAAUCAAGGUCAGACAUAUGGUCUAAAAAAAGUCUCCAUCGCCCUGGUCGAUUUCACAAUCCCCGAGCCGCCCGAGUUCCUCCCCAUCGAGGAACCUCACUGCGACGCCCUCAACUUCCGCUCUGUUGGCCAAGAAAUCGACUGGUUCGCUAGGAGAGGAGGGCACAGGGCGCCCUCACCGCGACUACUGGACAAGCUUCAAGAUGAGGUCGGAAGCAGGGGAAUCUGGGAGGAGCUGAGCAGGUUGUCAGCGACGGCUGCUUCUGCUUGA